AUGACGUUUCCAACGCGUCGUCUGGGAGACGGUAAUGCGAUCCCGGCAAUCGGCUUUGGAACAGGCACAACGUGGUAUAAGGAGGACCCGAACGAACCCUUCAACCGCGAUCUCGUCGAGAUCCUCAAGACAGCCAUCAAACAUGGAUUUCGUCACAUUGACGGGUCAGAUGCCUACGGCACUGAAGAAGAGAUUGGAGUAGCCAUCAAAGAGUCUGGUGUUCCACGCGAAGAACUCUUUGUCACCACAAAGGUUUUGGAGGGCAUAUAUGACGUCCCAGCAGCCAUCAAGGCAAGCUUGGCCAAGCUCCAGCUCGGAUACGUAGACUUGUACCUCUUGCACUCCCCUUAUGUUGCGAAGAAGCCUUCCGAUCUUCAGAAUGCAUGGCUAGCAAUCGAGGAGGUCAAAAAAUCUGGGCUUGCCAAAUCAAUCGGCGUAUCCAACCAUCAACGACCCCAUUUGGAGACGAUCUUGGAGGUUGCCACCAUCAAGCCAGCGCUGAACCAAUUGGAAUUUCACCCAUACCUUCAGCGAGCCUAUGGUUAUCUGUCCUGGAUGCGAGAGCACGGCAUUGAAGUAGCAAGUUUCAACGGCUUGACUCCAAUCCGCAGUGGUUCACCAGGUCCUCUGGACGGGCCUCUCGCUAGGAUUGCCAAGGCUCACGGAGUAACAGAAAACGCGGUUGUGCCAGUGACAACAACCACUAAGGAAGAGAGAAUGCUGGAGUACAUAAAAGCUGUUGAUCUGAAAUUGAAUCCCGAGGAGGUGGAAGAGAUCACGAGGAUUGGGUUCACGCACCACUUCAGAGCCUGGGCUCCAGAUCGCUUUGGUCCUGAUGACAGAUCCUAA